CACCUCCGCAGCUGCACUUCAACCGCCAUCGCACACGUCACCAGCCGCGGCAUUGCGACGCACGCCGACGUUGCAGCCUGUUGCCCUCGCCUCUUGGCCGUUUCUAUUCUGGGCUGUGCUCCGGCCGAACCCCUUCACCCGGCGCAGCUCGCAUCCGCCUGAGCACACUCUCGCAAGUCCCUCGAGUCGCCGCCCGCGAUAGGCGAAACGGCGUCGAGACGCAACUUCGAAUCCCGCCCCCAACGCCGCCAUGUUGGACCUCCAUGUUUGGGGCUCGGCCUUUGGCCUCCCGUCCAUCGAUGCCGAGUGUCUCGCCACCAUCGCAUACUUUCACCACUCCGGCCUCCCGGGCACCGCGUGGCGUCUGAUACUGAGCAACGACCCCUUCAUCUGCCCAGAGCAUCAUCUCCCCGCCCUGUGCCAUGACGGCGCCUGGUCGAGCGGGUUUCACGAGAUAGUCGGCUACCUCUUGCAAAGGUCACUCUGCCCGAACCUCGACGCCGGCCUCAGCGCCACUCAGAAAAUCGACGCCGUUGCCUUCAUGGUGUACCUGGACGCUCAUGCUGCGCCCCUCGUCGAUCUCUCACUCUAUGCCUCGGCCGCCAACUGGGCCGCCACAACACGGCCCGCGUACAGCUCCCUGCUUUCCUUCCCGCUGACCUGGACCGUCCCGACACUCAUACGUGCCGAGGCCAUCAAGCGCGUCGAGCACCUGGGCCUCGCCGAGCUGGAUACGGACUUUGAUCCCAAUGGUGGCCUUCACUUGACUGCUGGGCGAGAUGCGCUACCCGAGACGUUUAGAAGGCAUCUGCCUUUGACGAGAGCGAAAAAGACUGUCCGCGAGGAAAUGACACCCGAACAAGCAGUCGCCAUAAGGCUCUUCGGGCUCGUCGAGGACUGUCUCUUGAAUCUAGUUAAGUUCUUGAGCGAGAGCAGCAGCGACGAGAAGCACCCGCGCUUCUUCGGCGACACAACGCCCGUUAGCUCUCUCGACUGCUUGGCGUACGGAUAUCUCGCCCUCAUGGCCAAGCCCGAGGUCCCCCGAUCAUUUCUCCGAGACUGGAUGCAGACGGAAACGCCUCAACUCUGCAACUUUGUCGACGACAUGCUGCCGAUGGACCUGCCUUGGGCGGCACCCGAGGUCCCGUCUUUGCUGGCGUCUGGCGCGCGCGCGCUGGACUCGGUCCUCCGACACGCGCCGGGGGUCGGCGCUCAAUAUGCCACCGAGAUGCGGCUACGCGCCGAAAAGCGCACAAAGGGCAUCGACCAGCGCGCAGUUGUCCUGUUUAUGGCGCUGGCGGCCGCCGGUGCGGCCUUCGGCUACGGGUUCCACGCAUACACGACGUUGCAGCCGUUCGGUGCCAGGUCGCAGCUCUGGCAGGUGCAAAGAGGAACAUCCAAACUCAGCCAGUUUGGCGAUUUGGGUUCUAUGCUGAAUAGCGCCAUGGGGGUGUACGACAGCCAGCCGAUGGGGUCGGCGGCGGCACAGCCUGGCGAUGGCCGGCUUGUAGAAGCAGAUUCGGAAGUAGACUAGACGGGGGCCAGUUGUACGAGUAGCAUCAACAGACAUGAUACCCCUUUUUUCUCAUCAAUAUGCUUUCGCUUGCAUUUAUCUCUUUUAGUGUCCAC